GGUAGCGCUUCGCUCUGUUUGGAACAUACGCGUGAAACCUCGUCAUGGAUUGUCCUCUGUGAAAUCUUGUGUUUUCUUCGUGUGAUCGUGAACAAUUUGGGCAGAGUUAAUCGGAAGUUUGUGGUGCGUCGUUCUGUCAAAGACGCGAUAAGUCUGGUAGAUUUGUAGCUGUGACAUUUUUCCGUGGUGCAUGCACUUGUUUUUAGUGGUUGCUGAAAAUGGCUUACAACGAUACAUAGAGAGAGAUUCGCGCCCGUCAAUUUAACGAAAUCUCCCCCCGACAAGACUCCAAUUAGACUAGAGUGCGCCGCUUCCUAAAUCACCGGCCCGAAAUCCGCGAAAGAACAGCACAGCAGGCCGCGGAAAAAAACACACUUCCCCAUCAAGCGAGCCAUGCGGGCGACCACAGUGCCGUCCGUCCUGUGGGUCCUCGCGGUGCUAGUGGUCUUCGCAUGCGAAGGGGGGGAGGCCGGCGACGUGGCCCACCUGUCGUUCACCAGCACCAGAUGCCCGAGGGGGUGUUCGUGCGUCGCCUCCGCCGUCGAUUGCUCCCGCAGGGGUCUCACCUCGGUGCCCAGGAACAUACCGUUGGACACCGAAAGAAUAGACCUGCAAGGGAAUAACAUCACUGCCAUCUAUGAGUCGGAGUUUCAAGAUCUGUCAAAGCUGAGGAUUCUGCAAUUGACAGAUAACGAGAUACGAACUAUAGAAAGGGAUGCCUUUCAGGAUCUCGUAAAUUUAGAGAGACUACGUCUCAAUGGGAACAAAAUACGACACAUUCCGGAAAAUUUAUUUUCCACGAUGCCUAAUUUAUUUCGUUUGGACCUCAGCCACAACUUGAUCUCCGUCAUCGGCAGGAAGACGCUUCGGGGCGUAUCGGCCUUAAAAAAUUUGCACCUCGACAAUAAUAGGAUAACUUGUAUAGACGAUAACGCCCUCAGGACUAUGAAAGACUUGGAAGUUUUGACCCUGAACAACAACAACCUCACGUGGAUCGGUAAGGACAUGUUCAGCAACAUGUUCAGACUACGCACGCUGCGAUUGAGCGACAAUCUGUUGCACUGCGACUGUCAACUGUCCUGGCUGGCCAGGUACCUGCGGCACUCCCCCAGGCUGGCGCAGUACACCAGAUGCCACUCGCCCAACCACCUGAAGGGACAGAGCUUGGCCGAUCUGCAGGACCACGAGUUCAAAUGUUCUGGUUUGGCGGAACGAGCUAUUAACGGGGAAUGCGUCAGCGAACCCCAAUGCCCGCACCCGUGCAGAUGCGCUGACGGCAUAGUCGAUUGUCGCGAAAAGGCUCUCACUAAAGUUCCCGACCAUUUGCCAGAAGGAACCACCGAACUACGUUUAGAGCAGAACGAAAUCGUGGAAAUACCAACGAAAGCUUUUGUAGCACACAAACGCCUACGAAGGAUCGACUUGAGCAACAACAAAAUCUCCAAAAUUGCCUCGGACGCGUUCCAAGGCCUCAAAGCUCUAACGUCACUGGUAUUGUAUGGAAAUAAAAUAAAGGACCUGCCAGCAGGGGUAUUCCAAGGCCUAGUCUCGCUUCAGCUUCUGUUGCUUAACGCCAACGAGAUAUCUUGCAUCAGAAAAGACACUUUCCGGGAUUUACAUAGUCUGAGCCUGCUGUCUCUCUACGACAAUAACAUCCAAUCGCUGGCAAACGGCAGCUUCGACUCCUUACGCAGCAUCCAAACGCUCCAUCUAGCCAGGAACCCGUUCAUCUGCGACUGCAACCUCAAAUGGCUCGCCGAAUACCUCCACCGGAACCCCAUAGAAACUUCCGGGGCGAGAUGUGAAACCCCGAAACGCAUGCAGAGACGGAAGAUCGAGGCGUUGAAAGACGAAAAGUUCAAAUGUCAAGAAGAAUUCAGGACGCGAUACGCUGGCGAGUGCCUCAUCGACAACGCUUGCCCGUCCGGGUGUUCAUGCGAUGGUACGAUCGUGGACUGUUCCGGCCGUGGUUUUAAGGAAAUACCCAGAGACAUACCAUUGUAUACAACGGAACUUCUCUUACACGACAACGAACUGGGUCGGAUAAAAUCGGACGGCCUCUUUGGAAGAUUACCUAACCUGAUGAAGUUGGAUUUGAGAAGGAAUCAGAUCACGGGCAUCGAGGAGAACUCGUUCGAAGGAGCGUCUAGGAUAUCGGAACUGUUGAUCUCGGAGAAUAAGCUGUUGGAAAUUCACAAUAAAAUGUUUCUCGGCCUACACCACCUGAAGGUUUUGUCGCUGAACAACAACCACAUAACGUGCGUCAUGCCAGGUUCUUUCGAUUUUUUGCAAUCCCUGCAUACCCUCAAUUUAAUGCAAAAUCCGUUCAUGUGCAACUGCCACUUGGCUUGGUUUUCCGACUGGUUGAAAAACAAAGGCCUAAGUGGCUCCCCCCCUAGGUGCGCGGGUCCAGACCGAGUUAAGGACGUUCUUAUAAGGGAACUCCCUAAGAACGAGUUUAAAUGUACCAGUGAUAACGAUCAAGGGUGCUUGGGAGAGAACUACUGCCCACCUAUGUGUUCGUGUACUGGGACCGUCGUUAGAUGUUCCAGGGCAAACCUCAAGGAGAUACCUCGUGGUAUACCUCCCGAAACUUCCGAACUAUACCUAGAUUUCAACAGCAUCGAUAGAAUUCAAGCCGAUAGAGUAACGCACCUAAAGUCUCUAACACGAUUGGACUUGAGUAAUAACCAGAUAGGGAUGUUGUCGAACAACACGUUUGCCAAUUUAUCGAAAUUGUCCACUUUGAUAAUAAGCUACAAUAAGUUACAGUGCGUUCAAAGGGAUUCAUUGCAAGGACUAAAGUCUUUGAGGAUACUGUCUCUGCACGGCAACCAAAUUUCUCUGAUACCGGAAGGUACUUUCGCUAACUUAAAAUCCAUAAGCCACAUAGCUCUAGGUUCUAAUCCUCUGUACUGCGACUGCUCGUUACGGUGGCUUUCCGACUGGGUAAAAGUGGACUACGUCGAGCCUGGCAUCGCUCACUGCGCAGAACCGUCUAAUAUGAAGGAUAAGUCUAUACUGUCAACGCCUUCUUCAGCAUUUCAAUGCAAAGAGAAGAUCAGUAACGAAAUCUUAGCAAAGUGUGACGCUUGCUACACGUUCCCUUGCAAGAAUAACGGGAAAUGCGUCAACUUACCGGAACGAGACUACGAAUGUAAAUGUGCGCCGGGUUAUCACGGGAAAAACUGCGAGUUUAUGAUAGACGCUUGUUACGGGAACCCUUGUAGAAAUAUGGGAACGUGCAAAGUAUUGGAAGAGGGACGCUUCAGUUGUCACUGCCAAGCCGGGUUUACGGGCCUGCGGUGCGAGCACAACAUCGACGACUGCCUGAACAACAAGUGCGAGAACAACGCCACCUGCGUGGACCUGGUGGACUCGUACCAGUGCAAAUGCCCGGCUGGGUUUAUGGGAGACUAUUGCGAGAAGAAAAUUCCCUUUUGUACUGAACAAUAUAACCCUUGUAAAAAUAACGCUCGUUGCGUUGAUCACGAUACUUAUUACACUUGCGAGUGUCUACCUGGUUUUAAGGGCGAGAACUGCUCCAUGAACAUAGACGACUGCGAGAACCACAUGUGUCAGAACGGCGCGACAUGCGUAGACGGAGUGAAUGACUACAUCUGCAAGUGUGCCGGUGAUUAUAGCGGUAAAUUCUGCGAAAUAACGCCUUUGGUGGCUAUGAUGUACCCCCAGACUUCUCCCUGUCAACACCACGAUUGCGUGCACGGCGUGUGUUUUCAACCGUCGGGUUCCAACGAUUAUUUGUGUAAAUGUGCACCUGGAUAUUCGGGGAAACGUUGUGAAUACUUGACGAGUCUUAGUUUCGUCCACAACACGUCUUACGUGGAACUAGAACCCCUCAGAACGAAACCCGAAGCAAACGUAACUAUAGUGUUCGCCACGACUCAAGAAAACGGAGUUCUGAUGUACGACGGACAUCAAGAGCAUUUGGCGGUAGAGCUUUUUAAUGGGAGAAUUAGGGUUAGCUACGAUGUCGGAAACUACCCGGUUUCAACGAUGUACAGUUUCGAAAUGGUUUCCGACGGUCUGUACCACUUCGUCGAGCUCUUAGCCAUAAAAAAGAACUUCACGCUGCGGGUCGACAGAGGCCUGGCACGAAGCAUCAUCAACGAGGGAUCAAAGGACUACUUACGGCUAAGCACGCCGAUGUACCUCGGCGGCAUACCACCGGAACCCGGAGAACAAGCCUUCACCCAGUGGCACCUGAGGAAUUUAACCAGUUUUCACGGUUGUAUGAAGGAGGUGUGGAUAAACCACAAACCGGUGGACUUCGGCAACGCCAAGACCCAACUGAAAGUCCAGCCCGGCUGCGGGAUGGUAGAGUCGGACCGCGACGACGAGGAACAGGAGGACGAGAUGGACGAAAUGGUCGGCGAGCCGGCUAGUCCGCCCGACCCGUGCCUGGGUAACCACUGCAGACAUGACAGUAAGUGCGUGCCGACACGUAACGGCGAGUACAUUUGUAAAUGCAGGCCUGGGUAUAGGGGAAAGUACUGCGAGCAAGCGCCUACUUGUAGGAAAGAGCAAUUUCGAGAACACUAUUCGGAAAACGGUUGCAGAUCGAGAAAGCCCCUAAAGAUAGCAAGGUGCGUUGGGGGCUGCGGAUCGAGCUGCUGCCACGCCAGGAAAAGCAAACGACGGAAGGUGAGGCUGAUAUGCAACGACGGCACGAGGUACACCAAAGACAUAGACAUCGUGCGCAAGUGCGCCUGCACGAAGAAAUGCUACUGACUGACACACGCCGCUACUCACAAUUCUAACACGCAGUCCCCCGAAGAGAUUGCGCACCUCAACGCCAGCGAGACUGACCUACUCGCCCCCCGACACGCCCCAAUGACCCAACAACUCGACUCCAGACCGGCGUCCACCAGCCAACCCUACAAGCUCACCUUUUUCGUGGAAGGCGAGAAACGCAACGCCAACGACUUGCAACAGACUGAUCCCCAGAGCGCCCACGGCAACUACGACGGGCUGGUCGUGCAGAGCUACGACAACCCCGUGGAGAACAGUAAGGCGGCUAGGUACGCUAAGGAUUCGUCCGAGCACGGCUCGGGAUGUAUUUUGUCGGCGUUUCUGUACUUUGUUACCAUCACCUCAUUUGUUUACCUCGCGGUACUGUGGAUCAAGCAGAGGAUGCACGUUCACGUAGAGCAGAUGCAGUGGUGGUAACGCAGGGUUUUCGUAGAGUUCUUGAAUUUUAUAGGCGACAAGGUAUGUUUGAAUCGUUUGCAUAUCGACGGCUCGGUGUGGCAGGUGGAACCGGUAUAAAGCGGCGUAACACUUCGUUAAAAAAAGAUUAUUUUUGUAUUAAAUUUCAAAAAUUUGAAUUAAACGAUUUAUAAAUGAUACUUAAAUAGACAUAGACGAUUUUGUAUGUAUAUUUCGAUUUUCUUCCGCGAUUGUAACGGUUUCACCUACGGAACGACCCGGUGCGCUUGAUUACGAACAUAUUUAUUAUACAAUGAAUAUUUAUAUAUUAAUAUUUAUACAUCUGUCAGAAUUGCAUGCCUAGAGAAAUUAUAGAAAUAUAUUCGCAUGUUCGACAUGUAUCUCGAGCCUAAAUAGUAUUAUUUUGUCACGAUGUGUUUACGUUUGGGUUUUUUGCCUGCCCCUAUGAUUUCGAUCGAACAGGAAACCCAAAAUAUGACAAAUAAAACCCCGGAACUGACUGUAAUAUUAAAAAUAACCCUGAUAAUGUUAGAAUUGUGAAUAGCGGCGUUUAUCCUUGGUCUUACACAAAAACAAGGUUAAAAUUUUAGGAUAGUUUAUCGUGUGAAACACAAACGUUCUACGGGUAGUCCCGAAAGCUCCUCCCUACCCUCGAUACUUCACAACGUUCGUUAAAGGAUGACUUGCUAUGAAGAAAUGUAAAGUUUUAUUAAUAAAAACGGGAAAAUUCUGCUUUAAUAUUCGAAAUCAAACUUAUGGAGAGAAAUUUGUAACGAAAGCGAAUAAAUAUUUCAAAAUACUUUCGUAACUAAAACAAAAAAGUAGUGGAGUAUUGCGGGUAGGCCGACCAGUUUUUCCGGACCACUCAGUAUUAAUGUUUACGUAACAUGAACAUAUUUCAUUUAUACGAUCAGUAACAUCACUACAAUUAAGUAUAGAGUAAAACAUUUUAUAAUUGUAUAUACGUGUGCUGGGCGAUUGAAAUCGCGCAAGUAUUUAUUAAUGAUAUAAUUUAUUGGAAUUAAUUUUAAAUAUCGUUACCAUUAUUCAUCAAGUGAUUUUCAUUCGCCCUGCACACUGCUAGUUUAAGGACAUAUAAAUACAUUCUUAUACUCCGAGCUCAGAAAAGAAAACGUGUUAGUUUUGAAAUAAUUUAUUUUGAAAGAUUUUAAUAGGUGGGUGUAAGAAUAAAUUUUUAAAAGAUUGUAAAUUAUAUAUUUAGUUUCUAAGGAGGUUCAUUUGAUGUAACUCGGUUGUUCAGAGACUUGCUUUCUAAAUAAAAUAUUCCGAUAAUAUUAAAAGUAUACACGACUUUUUUUUAUCACAGAUCAAACUUUAA